AUGGAUGCGGCGGAAGCACCACCGUCGAAGAAGGGAAAGACGGGAUUGAAAACGGUCUGGAACAAGUUCAAGGAUCUCUUUAGAGAUAAACCCACCUCUGCAGAAACACCUCCAACUGUCAGCGAUACGCCACCUACUCCCGCUGUUGCUGUCGGCCCGCAGAGGGAAGAAGCUGUAGAUAGUCCCAUACCGUCAGUGGGAUCCAAUUCCUCGCGGAACUCGUCACUAACUCUUCCCAGGGAACCUCUCAUCAAGCACUCGCCGGGACAAGAAGUCGACGAUACACCCAAAGAGCCUGAACAGCCUGACGAACCUGGCGCGGUAUCGUUACUAGAGCCUGUCGAGAUCAAGGACUCCCUGGCCGAGUCACAGAUGCGGUUCAGCAAAGCACAAGCAAUCUUCGCUAGACACAACCUAGAACUGGAUGAAACAGAAUGGGAGCCGAAAUACAAAGUGCCCCAUGAAAGGGUGUACAAAAAUAUACGAAUGAGGGUCAGAUACACCUGUCACAACUGCUCAACGACGUUCGGCCGCGAUCGAGUCUGCAUUGGAUGUCAACACCGACGCUGUACUCGAUGUUCACGGUACCCGCCAAAGAAAGACCGCACGAAACAGUCACAAGACCCCUCAGCAGCUGGCCCUCCGGCACCCGUGACUGACGCACCUCGACCAAGUCCUGAGGGUGGAAUGUGUCAUGAAUGCCGGAGUGGUUUCGAGGUCGAUGCUGAAGAGUGCCCCAACUGCCAUCACAGGAUUUGUGAGAGAUGUCUGCACGAAGCCACCAUUACUGUUGAACCUGGUCACAAAGCCACUCAGGAAGUAACCCAGGAAGCGUCUGAGGCCAAACAGCCUGAACAAAGGAAGCCCACUCGACAAGAGUCAACCGCUGUCAGCUAG